GCCUCCCCGCCCCCGGCUCCCGCAGGGCCCUGACUUUCGGUAAAUGACAGUGGCUCAGGAAACCAAGGGGCCCACACAGGAAGGAGCCGAGUGGGACUUUCCUCUCGCUGCCUCCCGGCUCUGCCCUCCCUUCGAAGGUCCAGGGUCCCUGCCCGCUAGGCAAGUUGCACUCAUGGCACCUCCAAGUGAAGAGACGCCCCUGAUCCCUCAGCGUUCAUGCAGCCUCUUGUCCACGGAGGCUGGUGCCCUGCAUGUGCUGCUGCCCGCUCGGGGCCCCGGGCCCCCCCAGCGCCUAUCUUUCUCCUUUGGGGACCACUUGGCUGAGGACCUGUGCGUGCAGGCUGCCAAGGCCAGCGGCAUCCUGCCUGUGUACCACUCCCUUUUUGCUCUGGCCACGGAGGACCUGUCCUGCUGGUUCCCCCCGAGCCACAUCUUCUCCGUGGAGGAUGCCAGCACCCAAGUCCUGCUCUACAGGAUUCGCUUUUACUUCCCCAAUUGGUUUGGGCUGGAGAAGUGCCACCGCUUCGGGCUACGCAAGGAUUUGGCCAGCGCUAUCCUUGACCUGCCAGUCCUGGAGCACCUCUUUGCCCAGCACCGCAGUGACCUGGUGAGUGGGCGCCUCCCCGUGGGCCUCAGUCUCAAGGAGCAGGGUGAGUGUCUCAGCCUGGCCGUGUUGGACCUGGCCCGGAUGGCGCGAGAGCAGGCCCAGCGGCCGGGAGAGCUGCUGAAGACUGUCAGCUACAAGGCCUGCCUACCCCCAAGCCUGCGCGACCUGAUCCAGGGCCUGAGCUUCGUGACGCGGAGGCGUAUUCGGAGGACGGUGCGCAGAGCCCUGCGCCGCGUGGCCGCCUGCCAGGCAGACCGGCACUCGCUCAUGGCCAAGUACAUCAUGGACCUGGAGCGGCUGGAUCCAGCCGGGGCCGCCGAGACCUUCCACGUGGGCCUCCCUGGGGCCCUUGGUGGCCACGACGGGCUGGGGCUGCUCCGCGUGGCUGGUGACGGCGGCAUCGCCUGGACCCAGGGAGAACAGGAGGUCCUCCAGCCCUUCUGCGACUUUCCAGAAAUCGUAGACAUUAGCAUCAAGCAGGCCCCGCGCGUUGGCCCGGCCGGGGAGCACCGCCUGGUCACUGUUACCAGGACAGACAACCAGAUUUUAGAGGCCGAGUUCCCAGGGCUGCCCGAGGCUCUGUCGUUCGUGGCGCUCGUGGACGGCUACUUCCGGCUGACCACGGACUCCCAGCACUUCUUCUGCAAGGAGGUGGCACCGCCGAGGCUGCUGGAGGAAGUGGCCGAGCAGUGCCACGGCCCCAUCACUCUGGACUUUGCCAUCAACAAGCUCAAGACUGGGGGCUCACGUCCUGGCUCCUAUGUUCUCCGCCGCAGCCCCCAGGACUUUGACAGCUUCCUCCUCACUGUCUGUGUCCAGACACCCCUUGGUCCUGAUUAUAAGGGCUGCCUCAUCCGGCGCAGCCCCACAGGAACCUUCCUUCUGGUUGGCCUCAGCCGACCCCACAGCAGUCUUCGAGAGCUCCUGGCAACCUGCUGGGAUGGGGGGCUGCACGUAGAUGGGGUGGCAGUGACCCUCACUUCCUGCUGUAUCCCCAGACCCAAAGAAAAGUCCAACCUGAUCGUGGUCCAGAGAGGUCACAGCCCACCCACAUCAUCCUUGGUUCAGCCCCAAUCCCAAUACCAGCUGAGUCAGAUGACAUUUCACAAGAUCCCUGCUGACAGCCUGGAGUGGCAUGAGAACCUGGGCCAUGGGUCCUUCACCAAGAUUUACCGGGGCUGCCGCCAUGAGGUGGUGGAUGGGGAGGCCCGAAAGACAGAGGUGCUGCUGAAGGUGAUGGAUGCCAAGCACAAGAACUGCAUGGAGUCAUUCCUGGAAGCAGCGAGCUUGAUGAGCCAAGUGUCAUACCGGCAUCUCGUGCUGCUCCACGGCGUGUGCAUGGCUGGAGACAGCACCAUGGUGCAGGAAUUUGUACACCUGGGGGCCAUAGACAUGUAUCUGCGAAAACGUGGCCACCUGGUGCCAGCCAGCUGGAAACUGCAGGUGGUCAAACAGCUGGCCUACGCCCUCAACUAUCUGGAGGACAAAGGCCUCCCCCAUGGCAAUGUCUCUGCCCGGAAGGUGCUCCUGGCUCGGGAGGGGGCUGAUGGGAGCCCGCCCUUCAUCAAGCUGAGUGACCCUGGGGUCAGCCCCGCUGUGUUAAGCCUGGAGAUGCUCACCGACAGGAUCCCCUGGGUGGCCCCCGAGUGUCUCCGGGAGGCCCAGACACUUAGCUUGGAAGCUGACAAGUGGGGCUUCGGCGCCACGGUCUGGGAAGUGUUUAGUGGCGUCACCAUGCCCAUCAGUGCCCUGGAUCCUGCUAAGAAACUCCAAUUUUAUGAGGACCGGCAGCAGCUGCCGGCCCCCAAGUGGACAGAGCUGGCCCUGCUGAUUCAACAGUGCAUGGCCUAUGAGCCGGUCCAGAGGCCCUCCUUCCGAGCCGUCAUUCGUGACCUCAAUAGCCUCAUCUCUUCAGACUAUGAGCUCCUCUCAGACCCCACACCUGGUGCCCUGGCACCUCGUGAUGGGCUGUGGAAUGGUGCCCAGCUCUAUGCCUGCCAAGACCCCACGAUCUUCGAGGAGAGACACCUCAAGUACAUCUCACAGCUGGGCAAGGGCAACUUUGGCAGCGUGGAGCUGUGCCGCUAUGACCCGCUAGGCGACAAUACAGGUGCCCUGGUGGCCGUGAAACAGCUGCAGCACAGCGGGCCAGACCAGCAGAGGGACUUUCAGCGGGAGAUUCAGAUCCUCAAAGCACUGCACAGUGAUUUCAUUGUCAAGUAUCGUGGUGUCAGCUAUGGCCCGGGCCGCCAGAGCCUGCGGCUGGUCAUGGAGUACCUGCCCAGCGGCUGCUUGCGCGACUUCCUGCAGCGGCACCGCGCGCGCCUCGAUGCCAGCCGCCUCCUUCUCUAUUCCUCGCAGAUCUGCAAGGGCAUGGAGUACCUGGGCUCCCGCCGCUGCGUGCACCGCGACCUGGCUGCCCGAAACAUCCUCGUGGAGAGCGAGGCACACGUCAAGAUCGCUGACUUCGGCCUAGCUAAGCUGCUGCCGCUUGACAAAGACUACUACGUGGUUCGCGAGCCGGGCCAGAGCCCCAUUUUCUGGUAUGCCCCCGAAUCCCUCUCGGACAACAUCUUCUCUCGCCAGUCAGACGUCUGGAGCUUCGGGGUCGUCCUGUACGAGCUCUUCACCUACUGCGACAAAAGCUGCAGCCCCUCGGCCGAGUUCCUGCGGAUGAUGGGAUGUGAGCGGGAUGUCCCCGCCCUCUGCCGCCUCCUGGAACUGCUGGAGGAGGGCCAGAGGCUGCCGGCGCCUCCUGCCUGCCCUGCUGAGGUUCACGAGCUCAUGAAGCUGUGCUGGGCCCCUAGCCCACAGGACCGGCCAUCAUUCAGUGCCCUGGGCCCCCAGCUGGACAUGCUGUGGAGCGGAAGACGGGGGUGUGAGACUCAUGCCUUCACUGCUCACCCAGAGGGCAAACACCACUCCCUGUCCUUUUCAUAGCUCCUGCCUGCAGACCUCUGGAUUAGGUCUCUGUUGACUGGCUGUGUGACCUUAGGCAGGGAGCUGCCCCUCUCUGGGCCUCGGAGGCCUUAUGAGGGUCCUCUACUUCAGGAACACCCCCAUGACAUUGCAUUUGGGGGGGCUCCCGUGGCCUGUAGAAUAGCCUGUGGCCUUUGCAGUUUGUUAAGGUUCAAGACAGAUGGGCAUAUGUGUCAGUGGGGCUCUCUGAGUCCUGGCCCAAAGAAGCAAGGAACCAAAUUUAAGACUCUCGCAUCUUCCCAACCCCUUAAGCCCUGGUCCCCUGAGUUUCCUUUUCUCUCUGUCUCUUUUUAUUUUUUUUAUUUUUAUUUUUAUUUUUGAGACAGAGCCUCGCUCUGUUACCCAGGGUGGAGUGCAGUGGUGCGAUCUCGGCUCAGUGCGACCUCUGCUUCCCAGGUUCAAGCGAUUCUCCUGCCUCAGCCUCCCAAGUAGCUGGGAUUACAGGUGUGCACCACCACACCCAGCUAAUUUUUUUUAUAAUAGAGAUGAGGUUUCACCAUGAUGGCCAGGCUGAUCUCGAACUCCCAACCUCAAGUGAUCCUCCCACCUCAGCCUCCCAAAGUGUUGGAAUAAUAGGCAUGAGCCACCACACCCAGGCUUUUAUUUUUUUAAAUUUAUUAUUAUUAUUUUUAAGAGACAGGAUCUUGCUACAUUGCCCAGGCUGGUCUUGAACUCCUGGGCUACAGUGAUCCUCCUGCCUUAUCCUCCCAAAUAGCUGGGACUACAGGCACCUAGUUUUGAGUUUCCUGUCUUAUUUCCAAUGGGGAUAUUCAUGUAGCUUUUUUUUUUUUUUUUUGAGACGGAGUCUCGCUCUGUCGCCCAGGCUGGAGUGCAGUGGCGCAAUCUCGGCUCACUGCAAGCUCCGCCUCCUGGGUUCACACCAUUCUCUCGCCUCAGCCUCCCGAGUAGCUGGGACUACAGGCGCCCGCCACCACACCCAGCUAAUUUUUUGUAUUUUUAGUAGAGACGGGGUUUCACCUUGUUAGCCAGGAUGGUUUCCAUCUCCUGACCUCGUGAUCUGCCCGUCUCGGCCUCCCAAAGUGCUGGGAUUACAGGCAUGAGGCACCGCGCCUGGCCCUCAUGUAGCUUUAAAUGUAUGAUCUGACUUCUGCUCCCCGAUCUCUGUUUCUCUGAAGGAAGCCAAGGACAAGAGCAGUUGCUGUGGCUGGGACUCUGCCUUUUAGGGGAGCCCGUGUAUCUCUUUGGGAUCCUGAAAGGGGGCAGGAAAGGCUGGGGUCCCAGUCCACCCUAAUGGUAUCUGAGUGUCCUAGGGCUUCAGUUUUCCCACCUGUCCAAUGGGACCCUUUCUGUCCUCACCCUACAAGGGGCACAAAGGGAUGACACCAAACCUGGCAGGAACUUUUCACGCAAUCAAGGGAAGGAAAGGCAUUCCUGGCAGAGGGAACAGCAUGCCAAGCGUGAGAAGGCUCAGAGUAAGGAGGUUAAGAGCCCAAGUAUUGGAGCCUACAGUUUUGCCCCUUCCAUGCAGUGUGACAGUGGGCAAGUUCCUUUCCCUCUCUGGGUCUCAGUUCUGUCCCCUGCAAAAUGGUCAGAGCUUACCCCUUGGCUGUGCAGGGUCAACUUUCUGACUGGUGAGAGGGAUUCUCAUGCAGGUUAAGCUUCUGCUGCUCCUCCUCACCUGCAAAGCUUUUCUGCCACUUUUGCCUCCUUGGAAAACUCUUAUCCGUCUCUCAAAACUCCAGUUACCACAUCCUUGCAGCCUUCCCUCAUAUACCCCCACUACUACUGUAGCCCUGUCCUUCCCUCCAGCCCCACUCUGACCCUGGGGCUGGGGAAGUGUCUGUGUCCAGCUGUCUCCCCUGACCUCAGGGUUCCUUGGGGGCUGGGCUGAGGCCUCAAUACAGAGGGGGCUCUGGAAGUGUUUGUUGACUGAAUAAAGGAAUUCAGUGGAAAA